AUGCUCAGGCCUUGAUUGCUGGACCCACACUCUUCCCCACUUUCUUUUUCUUUUCCACCAGUGACCUGGAAGAGACUCGGGAUAUGUCUUGGCCCGCCUCGAAAACGCACACGACGCUGAGCUCGACUCUCCAUCUGAGAGACGACCACAAAGCACAGCGAUGGGAUUCAUCACGCUCACAGCUCUCCACGGCCAACGAUUCCCUCCUCGGCCGCCUCAGUAAAUCCGCACAGAAAGUAUGGCCGUCGUCCUCUGUUCUGCCCCUCACAGCGUCCACGCCCCGACGGGACAGCAAUUCUGAGAAAUCUCGGCCCUUACUUCGCUCGUCGACCAUCAGGAGCAGCAUCUCCACCCUGCCGGCCAGGACCUCGUUCACCAUGCCCUCACCCGAAACGAUGCGCUUCGUCUUCCUCUGUAGUCUCUGGUACACCUCUUCCGCAUUGUCCUCCAACACCGGGAAACAGAUACUCAAUCAGUUCAAGUACCCCGUCUCGCUUACGUUCGUCCAGUUCGGGUUCGUAGCCGGGUAUUGUUUGCUUUUCAUGUCACCUGUCGUGAGGUUCACGACGCUGAGGAGACCGACGAAGAGGAUUUUGACGGAUACGUUGCCGAUGGGGUUGUUCCAGGUUGGGGGACAUAUCUUUUCCAGUAUGGCGAUUUCGAGGAUUCCGGUCAGUACUGUGCAUACGAUUAAGGCAUUAUCUCCUUUGUUCACUGUGGCCGCUUACGCCCUCCUGUUCGGCGUGCGCUACACCCCAAGGACGUACAUGUCCCUACUCCCCCUUACCGCCGGCGUCAUGCUCGCCUGUACCUUUGACAUGACAGCAUCGAACACUACUGGCCUCCUCUGUGCCUUCGGCUCCGCCAUCGUCUUCGUCACCUCCAACAUCUUCUUCAAGAAGAUCAUGCCCACGACCAACAGCCACGCCGACUCGCACCACCAUCAAAAGCUCGAUAAACUAAACCUGCUUUUCUACUCCUCCUUCAUGGCAUUCCUCCUCAUGAUCCCCAUAUGGCUCUACACCGAUAUGUCAGCGCUUCUCGCCAUGUCCUCCGACCCCGACCAUGUCACGCACCCUUCGCACGCACACACGUCUACGCAUUCUGUAAUGUUCUAUUUUAUCGCCAACGGGACCGUCCACUUCGCACAGAACAUCAUCGCAUUCAUCAUCCUCGCAUCCGUCUCACCCGUCACGUACUCCAUCGCUUCGCUCAUCAAGCGCGUCGCAGUCAUUUGCAUGGCCUUCGUCUGGUUCGCACAGGACGUACAUCCCAUUCAAGGGCUCGGGAUCGCUUUAGCUGCCGUCGGACUGUGGAUGUAUAAUGAAGCGAAGGGAGAUGUGGAGAAGGGAGAGAAUAAGAGGAGGGGAGUCGAGGCGAGGAGGGAGGGGAUGUUGCCGAGUACGUGGGAAGAUGAGAAGAUGUUGGCGGCGGCGGAGCCGGAGUAUGCAACGAUUGGAGGGACAGGUGGACCGGGGAUUGGAGGGAUGAGGAUUGAGACGGAGGGGCUGCAGUUGGAUGGGAUGGGCGUCAGUUUGGCGUCCGGACGGACGAUGGCGUUAGCACAACCGACUUCUUCGUCCCCGUCUUCUGCGCAUCCGCCUGCGUUCUCGCCUAACGGAAACGGGACCGGACAUGGUGCGCGAACACGUAUGGAGACGAACGCACCGUUGCAUGAACCUCAGCCACAACAGACCUAUUACAAUGACCCGCCCCCGUUCAACCCUUCAAGUUCACACUCGCACGCGCACGGUCACAAUCACUCGAAUACGCACUCGCACUCGCAUCAUUGGCAUGCGCACCAUCCGGCCGCUGCGAACCUCCAUAUUACGGUCCCGCCACCGCCGAGCGUUGGGAGUCCGGUGGGGUUCGUGGGGUCGGCGGGUGUGGGUGCGAAGGGGACGUUGUCGCCUCAUGAUUCGUACCCCAGUCCACCGCCCUCGUUGGAUUCGCCGCCGAUGACUGCGAAGGGGCUGCAUAUUGCUUCAUAGUGGUUUGGACUCUAGACGGUCGUAGAUACUGUUACAGUAGAGUUAUACGGGAAAGGGAGAGGAGAAGGAGAGGACGAUGAUGCUACAUUACGCAUGCGCAUUGCGUUACUACUUAUAACUUAUUCGUUCGAACUGACUGAUGCGUUUCUGUCUUUACGCUUUCUUCUUAUUCUUUCUUAUUCCUUCUUUUUUUUCUUUUCUUCUUCUUUCUUGUUCCUUCGCUUCGUUCUUUUGCACCUCGUCAAUUCUUCAGCUUCAGCAGUCAGUCGCGUUAUCUUGUUUUUCCUGCAUAUUUCCCUUUCGGACGUCUCGGCCGAUGAUCAUGGUCUUCGCGCUAUGUUUCUCUGUUUCUCUCUCAUCAUGAUCGUAUGCUCUACGGUUUAUGGUGAGGGGGCGCUUGGACCUGACCUCGGCUUUCAUUUUCAUUUUCGCAUCACCGCAUUUCUUGUCGAACUCUUUUUUGAACUCGAACUUGUCGUACUUGACCAACCAACUUUGGAUUUCUCUCUUCCCCCAACUCUUCCUCUUCCCCUUCCUCAACUUACUUUUGAUUUACUCUUGACUUCCAAGCCGCUUCUCGCUUUUCAACCAGGACCUGAUCAGUGAUUUCAGUGACUCUGGCAUCUCUCUGCCAGUGUUUCGAUGUUGACUUCGUCACUUGAGUUAUCGCAAAUCACAUUUUCUGCCAGUGUCGAUGGACUUUCCCUUUUCUCAGGUUGAAAUAUAAAUAUACG